UUUUCAGCGGGGACCUGAUGAGCUUCUUCCUUCUGGCAUCAUUAACGGACCUUUUACCAUGAACAAUUCUGCUCUUACAGGCUUUCUUAGAAAUGGCGUCUGAGGAAGCUGCUGUUACUAUGGUGAAUUAUUAUACUCCUUUUACUCCUCACCUUCGAAGCCAGCCUGUUUUUAUUCAGUAUUCCAAUCACAGAGAACUUAAGACUGACAAUCUUCCUAAUCAAGCUAGAGCCCAAGCUGCACUGCAGGCUGUCAGUGCUGUCCAGUCAGGAAGUCUGGCCCUUCCUGGAGCUCCUUCCAGUGAAGGCACAGUUCUACCUGGGCAGAGCCCUGUGCUCCGAAUAAUUAUUGAAAACCUCUUUUACCCUGUUACUUUGGAAGUUCUUCAUCAGAUAUUUUCUAAAUUUGGCACAGUCUUGAAGAUUAUCACCUUUACAAAGAAUAAUCAGUUUCAGGCCUUGCUUCAGUAUGCUGACCCAGUGAAUGCACAUUAUGCCAAAAUGGCUCUGGAUGGCCAGAAUAUCUAUAAUGCAUGCUGCACUCUGCGUAUUGACUUCUCCAAGCUCACCAGCCUUAAUGUGAAAUAUAAUAAUGACAAAAGCAGAGACUUCACUCGCUUAGACCUUCCUACUGGUGAUGGCCAGCCAUCCCUUGAACCCCCUAUGGCUGCUGCUUUUGGUGCACCAGGUAUAAUUUCUUCACCAUAUGCGGGGGCUGCUGGAUUUGCCCCAGCCAUUGGAUUUCCUCAAGCUACAGGUCUAUCAGUCCCAGCUGUUCCUGGAGCUCUUGGUCCUCUCACAGUCACCUCCUCUGCUGUCACUGGAAGGAUGGCCAUUCCUGGAGCUAGUGGUAUACCAGGAAAUUCUGUUCUACUUGUCACCAAUCUCAAUCCUGAUCUUAUCACACCACAUGGGCUUUUUAUCCUAUUUGGAGUGUAUGGUGAUGUACAUCGAGUGAAGAUUAUGUUUAAUAAGAAAGAAAAUGCCUUGGUUCAGAUGGCAGAUGCAAAUCAAGCUCAGCUAGCAAUGAACCAUCUAAGUGGUCAGAGACUUUAUGGAAAAGUACUUCGUGCGACCCUGUCUAAACAUCAAGCAGUUCAACUUCCUCGAGAGGGACAAGAAGACCAAGGUCUGACUAAGGAUUUCAGCAAUAGUCCUUUGCAUCGUUUUAAAAAACCUGGCUCUAAAAACUUCCAGAAUAUCUUUCCACCAUCAGCCACUCUGCAUCUUUCCAACAUUCCCCCUUCUGUUACAAUGGAUGCUUUGAAGAACCUUUUCAUAGAAGCUGGAUGUUCAGUGAAGGCUUUUAAAUUCUUUCAGAAAGAUCGCAAAAUGGCGCUCAUUCAGUUGGGAUCUGUGGAAGAAGCAAUCCAGGCCCUCAUUGAGCUUCAUAACCAUGACCUAGGAGAAAAUCAUCACCUCAGAGUUUCCUUCUCAAAAUCUACAAUCUGACUUUUCUGUGAAUUUUUCUCCUAAAACUGGACCAUAAUUUUAGUAAAACCUUCAGACAUAGACUGAAGCAGCUCAAGACCAAUUCUGCCUCUUUCACAAAAAUAACUUUCUGAGUUUGAUAUUUAAGUAUAUUCAAAAAAUCAGGAGACAUUCUUUUUUUCCCCUGCCAGUAUGUGAUCAAAGUUUUGUUUUUUCUUUGUACCAUGGUUUCUAUGAAAAUAACCUGCAGGAAAAAAUAUUUUUUCAAUAAUUUACCUCCCUGUAUUAAAUUAGAUUUUGAGAGAAUGAAAUUUCUUUAAGUUUGGGUCCAGAUCAGCCUUAUACAACAUUUCUAAACUCCUUUGUACUUUGAAAAAUGUAAACAUAUGGACUUAUUACUUAAUGUAAGUAUGGCCAAGUUUUUAGCUUAAUGAUUCAGAAGUUUGACCCCUGUAGGAAAUUAUGUUCAGUUAUAAAUUACAUCAAAUAUUUGCCAUAUAUUGAUGGUUAAUAUACAUAAACACAUUGAGUUGCACUGGAAGCAGUUUUAUAAACUUGCAUGUUUUCUUUCAAUGAUAUCUUUUUUCUCACUAUUAGACACUCCUUUGAAUAAUACCUGUCUUUUAGCUUUUUAAGGCUAUUUGGAAAAAUGAAGUGUCUUGACUCUCCCCAGGGAAAUGAAGUGGAAUCCAACCAGGAUCUGUUAAGAUGUCAAAAUAAUUAAUAAUUUUAUUAGGAAAAAUCCCAUUUUAAAUUUCAGAAUAACACAUCAUAGUAUAAUAUCACCGUGGAAAAUUUUAAAAGAAAAAUAAUUCUACUUAUAAACUACUUUUUUAUAAUUGUUUUCAGGAAAAAAAGUUUACAGUCUUAAGGAAAAUAUUCAGGUCUAUCAUAUGGUUUGACAGAUUUUUUAAAAGUUAUUUUUGGUAAGGUCUUCUUUUAGAAAAAAUUAAUCUCAAGGGGUUUUUGUACCACUAUAAUCUCUAAUACUUAUUCAGAAUUACUGUGUAUUUACUUAAUUUCUUAUUAUGUGCCUUAUUAUGUGCUUAAGAUACAGUAGGUUAGAGUUUUAUCUAAAUAUCUUGAAAGCUAUAUUGUGGACUUGGUGAGUGUUUUUUUUUUUUCUUUCCCUGUUUUGGUAAGAAUUUAAAAGUUUUUUUCAUUGCAGUUUUAAGUGGUUUCUUAUAACUAAUGGUUUUUAUUCAAAUUUUGGUGCUUCAGUGCAGAGAUGAGAAGGAGUGAAUGAUUUGGGGAAUUACUCAGUGCACACUUGUAGGCCUCUUUACGUUGUGACUGAUAAGUUAUUGCCAGUUUUUGCAUACUAGUUUGGGGAUAUACAAUGCAGUCUUAGUUUCAUCUUCAUCACCCAUCAGAAUUUGUCUCAGGAUUACUUGGUUUUUCUCAAUACUCAAGUGAAAACUUGCUUUUCUUUGUUAAUGUAACUUCAUUACUGAGUGCCCACAUGUUUAGAGUGUGAGAAGA